UAGCAAAUUAAGGGAUGUAUUCAUUUGCAGGAAACUAAAAUUCUCUCAUAAAUGAAAAUUGAUGCGGCGGUAUAAACAGAAAGAAAGAGACAUUUGUAGCCACCUGGAUGGCUGGAUUUCGAUUUUAUGCCGUUCUGAUAAAUAAAUAAAACCCAUUUUCAUUUUCUUGAAUUUUAUAUUGCGCAACGGAAUUCAGGGUUCUGAUCUUUAAAUUUUUUCGUAUUAUUCAUUAUUUUACUCACGUGAAGUCGUGAACACAUGCAAAGAAACCCAAAGAAGGUUUCUUCUUUCUCCGGACUCUCGAAAAUCUCUGUUCCACUUCAUCGUACAGAAUAUUAUUUCUUUCUUGUAUGUCGAGUUUGAUAAUUUCUUCUCCAAUCUGCUGACACGUAAGUAAAAGGUGAUCGGUUUUUCACCCAGUUUCUUUAAAAAACAGAUUUUUAUAAGAAAGAACGCACUUUCACAAUGCAGGGGUGGGUUUGAUCCGAGGAACUCGAUAUUUUCAUUUCAUAAAUCCCACUCUUUGAAUGGGGGGAUUUUCUGACAAUGUACGUGGACUGCUUUUAGCUCUGUCGUCUAGCAUUUUUAUUGGAUCGAGCUUCAUUAUUAAGAAAAAGGGUCUUAUGAGGGCUGGUGCAACUGGAAAACGCGCUGGCUCCGGAGGCCACUCUUACUUGCUUGAACCUUGGUGGUGGGCUGGGAUGAUAACCAUGAUAAUAGGUGAGGGUGCAAAUUUUGCUGCGUAUGCAUAUGCUCCAGCCAUUCUUGUGACUCCAUUGGGAGCUUUAAGUAUCAUCUUCAGUGCAGUGCUAGCCCAUUUCAUAUUGGGUGAAAGAUUACAUAUGUUUGGUGUGGUUGGGUGUAUCCUCUGCUUGGUGGGGUCUGUCAGUAUAGUUUUGCAUGCUCCUUUAGAAAGGAAAAUCGACUCUGUCAAGGAGGUUUGGAACCAAGCAACUCAGCCAGGAUUUAUAAUCUACACUGUCAUGGUUAUAGUUCUGGUUGUAGUGCUAGUUUUUCGUUACGUGCCACGCUACGGACAAACACAUAUGGUUGUCUACAUUGGAAUCUGUUCCCUCACUGGCUCACUAACGGUUAUGUGUGUGAAAGCGGUUGGAACGGCUCUGAAGCUCUCAUUUGAAGGAAUGAAUCAAUUUAAAUACUUCCAGACAUGGUUCUUCACUAUAUGUGUCAUCAUGUGUUGCCUUCUUCAGCUCAACUAUCUGAACAAGGCGCUGGACACAUUCAACACAGCAGUGGUGUCGCCGGUGUACUAUGUCAUGUUCACAACGCUCACGAUUGUAGCUAGCGUCAUCAUGUUCAAGGUACUGAUGAAGAGUGAUGAGUGAUGCAUGAUGAUGAUACCGCAUACCAAACUCCCCGUCCCCCAUCUUACACUCAUGAUAAUUAUUAUUUCUCUCUUUUUUAAAGAUCAUUUUCCCUUUAUGGUGACAUGACUUUGUUUUGGUUGAGAAUUCUUUAGGAGUGGGAUCACAAUGAUGUUACACAGAUAAUUACAGAGCUGUGUGGAUUCAUGACCAUCCUCUCAGGCACCUUUCUCUUGCACAAGACCAAAGACAUGGGUGGUGCUGGUGGUGGUACCACCUACCCUCCUAUGGCAAUGCCAAUGGCAUCCGCUACGGUCACCACCAAUGCUGACCAGAACCGCCAGGAUGGUAACAACAUUGGAAGAAGCGAAGAACCCGAGGAGGAGGUUUGAAUGAGCGGUUAAUUUUGUUUGGUUUUUAACAAAAUCAUCGCUUGGGAUGUAAGCCCCCCAAUCUAUGGUGGUGCAUUGGUUGUUCCUCUGUUCUUGUUUUGUCUCGGAUACCUAAGCAUCACAUCGUAUUAUGAUAUCAAAUUACUGGCAUUUUAGAUCCAGUGAAUAGUUAGCAAGUAUUAUAAAUAUAAUGAUCUAUGCUAGAUGAUCACAAUAACAAUUUAUAAUUAGAGAUGGUAAUGUCA